AUGUCCUCACAUUCAGAUAACAUCGACCCUCCAUCAUCAUCACAGUUUGUGCCUCCAGCGUCUGCACAACCCUACCGCUCCAUUUUUGGCGGUCCUAGCAGUGAUGCGGGUCCACCACUUUCAUCACCCCAGCCGGGACCAUCUCGAAGGUCAAUUUUCGGAGGUCCUAGAAGCAGCAGUCAUUUUGGGCCACGACUGGACCCCAUGAGCGAGGGACCAGAGGAUGAUGACUUUGAAGCAUUCUUGCGAGACCGGCCCUUGGAGGCUGAUUAUAACUCUGAAGGAGAAAGCUUUCAAGGAAGUUCUGAUGGCGAGGAUGGGCUAGGACUCGAGUCUGAACCAGACUUGCCACAAAAGAAGCCACUGUCUCGCACAAGCUCUUAUUCACCUAGCAAGUCGGUGUCACUGCCACCGCCGCCAACCACCUAUGUUCUUGACCGCGGCCUAGACCUCCCGCCCGGUGUCCCGCGUCCGAACCGAUGGACCGGUCCUCCUAGGACGUACAGACAGCUCAUCUCAGAUGAGAAGGGCGCGUAUGAUGCUAUAUUAGCGAAUCGAUCAAUGGACCUUGCAGCUCACCUCUAUGAUUCCUUCGUGCUUCGCAAUCAAAAUCAAAAAGCCGGGGAAGUGUUAGGACCCGAAGACGAAAGCGAGGACCCAGCAGCCGUGAAAAAGGUCUGGGUUGGAUGGCCGAUGCUUGCGAAUAAUGUUCCUCGUUCUGACGAGUAUAUCCGGCGACAACUAGAUGACCCAGACACCUACCGAAUGGCGCCUGAUCCACGUCCAAGUGCAGACCUCGAAGAAUCUAUUAUCGCCAGCAUGCUGAAGACCGCGAAGGAAAAUUUCAUGGCGAGCCAAUGGGAUGAAGAGGAGGUUAGAACUCAUCGCGCUCCUCGACUGCCGGAAGAAGAAGAUUACAAGAUGGACACCGAAGACGAAAUGAAGCACUACGAGUCCGCAUACGGUAGUGGCAUUGACCAAGAACCACUUCGCCCGGUAUUCCAAGCCGACGACGACACAUCCAGACGGCAAUUACGACCGCUAUCUCGAAAUGUUAUUUCACAUCUUGAUCGAGUCUUGAUGGGUCUACACCAUGCUAUGCAGGGCCGAACCCGCGAUCAGCAACACACAGACGGCGAAUUCGGUUCAGACGACGAGGACGAAGCAUCACGAUCACACUCGCGUCACGGCAGCUGUCAAAAAGGCAAAAAGUCCAGCCGCGCAUCAAGCGUCCACAACAAACGCCGCCGGCGCAGCCAACAUUCAUCCGAUGAGGACGAAACAACAACUCGAGGUCCCGAUAAAAAGUCAAUGGCCAACCACUAUGUUUUCCAACGAGGCGAGCAACGCGACUGGAGCGAAGUAAUGGGCAUCGCAGCUAUGACCGGACUUCCCUCAGAUGCAGUAAUGCGCGCAUCAAAACGAUGCGCCGAUCUAUUCGGGCAAGACAUGACCUUCCGACGAUUCCACGAGGGACGCAUGCACAAGACCGAGGCGCUGGACCAUGGGGAAUCGCGCACAGAGUACAUUGAAAGCGACACGGAGGGCGAGAAUGUACCUGCGCCGUAUCCGAAGAGAUCUCGAAAGAAGAAACGGGGUCACGGCCGUGAUGAUGGUUCUGAUCAGGGUCCUUCGGUGGCGCUUAAACUCAAGGGUAAGGGUACGCAUCGCCGAGCGGAUAUUGUUUGUCCGAUUGCUACGUGUCCCCGACAUACGGAUGGGUUUUCGCGGACUUGGAAUUUGACGCUGCAUUUGCGAAAGGCUCAUGGGCGAGAGAGGGAGAGGACUGAUGGUUCGCAGCAGAGGGGAGCUGCUAUUCAGAUUGAUUGA